GAUCCAGCUCAAAGCUAAAGACCCACCUCCAGCAACUCCAGCUCAGGAUGCACAGCGCCGUGUGGGUCAUGGAAACGCAUCCAGUGUGUAGGAUUUGGAUCACAUGCUAGUGAAAGGGGCUUGAGUGAGCUGUGCCACCACGCCAGUGAUCCGAUGGAUAGAUUUGCAACCUAGUGAAUAGGCUCACGGUCUAGAAUCAGGUGGAUUUUGUCCUUCAGGGAGAGAAGGGGCGCUUGUGGAACAGUGUCGAUUCUCCGGAUUCAUCGACUAGGAAGGAUGAAGGAGAGGCAGGCGCCACUGGUGGUAUUUAUACACUGCGGCGGCUUUCUGUGAGACUCGGGGUCAACUUUACGUGAGGAAUUUGGGCUCUUGCUUCUCGCAGACAGUCAGACCUACCUCGUUUGCUAAUCUCGUUAGACCGGAUGAUCGAUCGAUCGGAAGGACCGACUGGAAUCGUCACAGUGGGGCCCUGGUUCGCGAUCGUGCUGCCUCCAGUCCACCUGUGGCGGCGCUAUGUGGCAUCAACGAACUACUUUCUUAUUGAUUGUGCGAUCAACUGAUGUCCACUUGUAUGCAAGUUACGUUGGCCCGCGAGCUUUGGAUUCAGUCCCUGCUUGCUCCCUACUGGUCACAUAUUCAAUUUCCCUUUUGUUGCGUUCGAAGUGGGUGUAGGAGUUUAUUUGCGGUGGGUGGAGGUUGCGGAGGACUGUGGGAAGCGAGCUUGUCGUCGUGAGGUUUAGUACUUUAGAGCAUCCCUGCGGUGCUGCAGAAGCGGGGCACAGUUUGUUAGUUUUCAGCUCGUGACGCGUAUACUGGAGCCCUCUUCUAGGCCUGCCUUUGAGCUUCUUCAGUGAGCGGGCUUCCCCUUCACCGCAACGGGACUGUUCAGUAUGAUUGUUGUUGCUCGGCGUCGGUCCCACAGCGGAGGGUGCACUCGCGUGCUCCCGCCUCCAGUUCCGUGUUUAAAUUGCCAGUUGCCGUAUAACACAAAUAGCGUGUGAGUGGGUUCAUUCUUCUGGUGGCCGCUUGCAAUCGUGGAUUGAAUCAACACUGGCUUCACUGCAAGCUGAGCCUGAAUUAUCAGUCUCAAAGAAUCCACCUCGAAGUUGAUUGCUCGGAUCAAUAAGUGUGCGGGGAGAGUUUCCUAAGAGCACCAUGUGUGUCGCCAACACAAUCUUGCAGGUGCACCCAGCGUCGAAUUCAGGCGAUGAGUCGAAUCUCGACAUGCAGGAGUGUUCGCUCCAGUCGUGGCCUGCUCCACAGCAGGUUGUGGAGGAAUUGAAAGAGUCGAUGAGAAUUGCCGGCCCGCUCGCAGUGGCAAAUGGGAUCGCUUACGCAAGGUUAAUGGUAUCUGUGCUCUGUCUGGGUCGAUUGGGCGGGUUGGAGCUCGCGGGCGGCGCGCUGUCAAUCGGCUUCACCAACAUCACGGGUUACUCUGUUCUCUAUGGACUCGCGUCUGGAAUGGACCCGAUUUGCAGUCAAGCGGUGGGCUCGAAGAACUGGCACGUUGUGGGGCUAACCCUCCAGCGCACGGUGCUCAUCCUGCUCGCAGCCUGUCUCCCUAUUGGUAUGUUGUGGACGAACCUGGGGCCUAUCAUGCUCUUCCUCGGCCAAGACCCCGCCAUCACUGCGGUCGCCAGCGUCUACUGCUGGUACUCGCUACCGGACCUCGUGGCGAAUUGCUUGCUGCAGCCGCUGCGGAAUUACUACCGGUGCCAGGGAUUUCAGUCUCCGAUGAUGUACUGCGCCGCGCUCGGAGUGGUGCUCCACAUCCCCCUCAGCAUUGUCUUCACGUUCGUCUUCCGUCUUGGCGUGCCGGGAGUGGCGAUUGCAGCUUCCAUGACGAAUAUCAAUGUGGUCAUCCUCAUGCUCCUUUACGUGAAAUUUUCGGGAGCGUUUAAGAAGACCUGGGGAGGGGUCUCGCCCGCUUGUGUGCGCGAGUGGUGGCCUGUUCUGUCCCUCGCCCUACCGAGCUGCCUGCAGAUUUGCUUAGAAUGGUGGUGGUACGAGAUCAUGACCAUCUUAGCUGGGUAUCUUCCGAAUCCACAAGUGGCAGUUGCAGCGACUGCGAUACUGAUUCAAACUACCGCACUCAUGUACACCAUUCCCAUGUCAUUAGGGUCGGCGGUCUCUACCCGAGUGGGCAACGAGCUCGGGGCCAACCGACCAGAGAGAGCAAGAAAUGCGAGCCUUGUUUCCCUGGGAGUUGCGUUUCUUGUUGCGAUAGUGAGUGUGAUUUGGACAACGGUUUUCCGAAAGCAAUGGGGCACUCUCUACACCGUCGACGCAAGUGUGCUCGCCCUGACCGCCGCUGCCUUGCCCUUAAUCGGUCUCUGUGAGCUCGGAAAUUGCCCGCAAACGGCAGGGUGCGGGAUUCUCCGCGGCAGCGCUCGCCCGACCAUCACCGCCUCAAUCAUGUUCGGUUCGUUCUACCUAGUUGGCACGCCUGUGGCUGUGAUUUCUGCUUUUUGGCUAAGGAUCGGAUUCCAGGGGCUUUGGUAUGGCCUUCUCGCAGCACAGAUCUGUUGCGCAUGUGCCAUAUUGUUCAUCACCCUGCGCAUCAACUGGAUUGAGGAAUGCGCCAGAGCGAACAAGCUCACACGCUCAGAAGUUGAUUCUGCGAGUGAGAUGAGCAAACUCGUGAACCACAAGAUUGGCCCAAUCCUCGGCGCCGACAGCGACGAACUCUCAGCAUUCAAGUUGGAGCUCAGCUCUAUUGUUUCCAUUGCCGAAGAGCAGGCCGGGCUGCUGGUCGACGGGAAUCCAAAUGACAAAUUCUACCCACUGCAAAUCACGUGAGCUUCACCUUUUGCAGCUACUCAGAGUCGUCAAUGUGUAUAGGAGCCUUUAGCCGUCGAAUUUCGAAUGCUUCAGCAAGUGGUGCUGGUGAUCAAUUACUGUUGUGGUUCACCCGGCCCAACAAUCUGUACAAUAUUUGCUUCCCCACAGCAAUAGUCUUGAAGUUUCCUUCUUUUUAAGGAAGCCUCCUAGUAGAGUGGAGAUUAGGUAAUGAGGGCCGGUGGCACAUUGCCGCAAGUUAAGAAGCUUUUGGUUGCUCUCCAACGAUUUCAAAUGUAGACCUUGAUGCAGUUUUUUUUAAUUUAUUUUUAUUUUUUAUUUUCUCCUUGUGGAAUAAAGAUAUCAACUUUGUUGCAACUGA